UCACAGGCACUAGAUUGGAUCUGACCAUAGACAGUUAAAGACACUGACACAAAAACACGCUGCGCGGAUUUUUCAGGCGAGACUGGUCCUCCUCGGCCACCGUAUGAUGUCGUGGCGUUUGCUGUAGUGCUCAACUUGUCAGUUACCAGAUUAUCCUUAGCUGUAAAUUCUAUCUAAUUUUGUCCGAAUUUGUUUUCAUACACGUUAUACAGACCCUAACGUUUACCAUCAGUUGUUCAAGAUGAGGCGCGCCGGCUUGGGUGAAGGAGGCACUGGCAACUAUGUCGCAAGUGGAUACAGUGUGUAUGAAGAAGAAAAUGAACAUCUACAAGAGGGACUGAGAUCUAAAGUCAGCGCUUUGAAAAGUCUUUCUAUCGACAUUGGAACGGAAGUCAAAUACCAGAAUAAAGUGCUGGAGGAGAUGGACUCAGACUUUGACUCAACGGGCGGCCUGCUUGGUGCCACCAUAGGCAGAGUCAAACAGCUGUCCAGAGGCAGUCAGACCAAACUGCUCUGCUACAUGCUGCUUUUCUGCCUAUUCAUCUUCUUUGUCCUGUACUGGUUCAUCAAGCUGAGGUGAUAAGAGGACCCUGUUGGACUUGGCCUCUCGAUUCCACGUCUUUGUCCCGUCUGCACCACUGUCAUGCAUAAAAAAUAAACCAACAUAAUGUCGACGAGGAAAGGCAGGGUUUUUUGGCUCAGCUUUAUACGUGCCCAUGUCUGAGUAUUUCACAGAACGACGCCCACUUUUAGUCAUGAAAGUACUCCUGAUUCCAUUUCGUGGCCAUGACCAUGUAAAUUAGGAGGCCUGUAUGUAUGUAUGUAUGUAUAUCUGAAGUAGACUGUCAGUAUAUGUAUGUACUUGAUAGCAGCCCAAUGUACCUGGAUGGAAAGAUAAUACAAACAUGUAAGAAUGGUAGAAGAUACUGUGUCAAAGACUUAAAUGCAGCCAUGGGCACAUUGGAUGAUAAACAGUGAAAUGUGUCGUAGUCCCAGCUCCGAGUGAUUAAGUUAUAGAAUGCCACUGUAAGCAAAUGAUCAAGUGUACGGGAAAGAAUGAACGGAUAUAUCACAGCAGUUGCAUCCAUACAGAAUUAUUAGUGUUCAUGGUUUCAUCAAUGUAAAAAAAAUAUUUUUAAUGUAAAUAAAUUUUAUGUCUGAAU